UCUCAUCCAAGAUUGUACACCUUGACUGCCACUACCGCUCCUGCGUCGUCCUGUCUACUGACUUGCUGCAUCACCUCCUUGCCCUGACUUUUGCUCUUCCGGGAAGAAGACACCUCCCGCUCACGAUGUCUCGACCUGUCGGUGAGAAGAAGGAACCUUUGUCGGUCGAGAAGCUGCUCGAAAGGCAGAAGGAAGCGCAGGGUGUCAGACCGCGCUUCUUGAGCAAGGCGGAGAGGCAAGCUCAAGCGGCUCAAAAGGCGGCUCAGGAAGAAGCAGAUAGGGCUUCGAAGGUUGCUCGAGACAAGAAAGAGAGGCAAGAGCUCGAAAGAUCUGCCAGGAUAGAAGGAGGAGGUGGCAGGGAGAGAGAUGGUCGUGCAGAUGUCCGCGAUUACAGAGAUUCGCGGGAGCAGCGGGCCUAUGAGAGACCAGCAUAUGAUCAUGUGCCCACUGGACCCCGAGGUGGCGCACCACCGCCUGGACUCUCGGGCGCUCGAUAUCCGCCAGAGGCGAGACGAGAGGCCCUGCACUCCCAUUCGGCAGGACCCUCUGCUGGAAAUGGUACAAAUCACCUUUCAAGCCCGUCGGACGCCAAUGGUCACGCCAUAGCUUCAACGUCCGAAUCCAUCAAGGAUCGGUACCUGGGCAUCAAGCACGUGGUCCCCAAGAAGACGAGGAGGCAACUGAAUGACAAAAAGUUCAUGUUCGACCACGAUCUCAACGAGGACACGAGCGUAGCCAACGGGCUGGAUGCCGAUGGCACCAGUGUUGAUGCCCAGGCUGUCGUGAGGGGCAGAGCGGCUGGAAUGGAUCUGGCUGAGCGAAGGGCCAAGGAUGGGCUGGACCCAUUUAAGCGAGGCGUCGGAAAGUCUGCCUUCGCAGAAAAGCACUGGAAGGAGAAGACGCUGGAGGAGAUGAAGGAGAGGGACUGGCGUAUCUUUAGGGAGGAUUUCAGCAUCGCUGCCAGGGGCGGCCAUAUACCCAAGCCUUUGCGCAAAUGGGAGGAGUCGAGCAUACCUGGCCCCAUCCUGCGCGCCGUCGCCGAAAUCGGUUAUGCGGAACCCUCGCCGAUUCAGCGGCAGGCUAUUCCUAUUGGACUUCAAAAUCGAGACCUCAUCGGCAUUGCCGAGACGGGUUCCGGAAAGACUGCGUCUUUUGUGAUCCCCAUGCUCAGCUACAUCUCCAAGCUCCCUCGCUUGUCCGAGGCCAAUCGACAUCUCGGCCCUUAUGCUCUGGUCAUCGCGCCGACUCGAGAAUUGGCGCAACAAAUCGAAGUAGAAACGAAGAAGUUUACUGACUCUUUGGGCUACAAGGUCGUCUCCAUCGUUGGAGGACGAGACAUGAACGAGCAGUCUUACAACCUUCGUGAUGGUGCCGAAAUCAUCGUUGCUACGCCAGGUCGGUUGAAGGACUGCAUAGAGAGACACGUGCUUGUGCUCAGCCAAUGUCUGUACCUGGUCAUUGACGAAGCGGACAAGUGCAUCGGUUUAGGACUUCAAGCCGAGCUUGACUUUAUCCUCGACAGCAUGCCUGCGUCCAACCUCAAACCUGAUACUGAAGACGCAGAGAAUCCUGCUGCUGCCUUGGGUGAUUCGAAUGGGGACUUGGCCGGCAAGUACAGAGUCACGAUGCUCUACUCGGCCACCAUGCCAGCUUCUGUCGAGAGGCUGGCACGCAACUAUCUACGAAGACCAGCAACCAUCACCAUCGGUGAUGCGAAUCAAGCAGUCGGUACCGUCGAGCAAAGAGUCGAGUUCAUUGCAGGCGAAGACAAGAAGAAAGCACGUCUCAUGCAGAUCCUCCAAAGUGGAUUCGAGCCGCCAAUCAUCAUCUUCUCGACUACAAAGCAGUCCGUAGAUUCGCUAUCUCGCGACUUGCAAAGGAGCGGUUUCAACCCAGCCGUGCUGCAUUCGGGCAAAACCCAAACGCAAAGAGAAGAAGCUCUAGCUUCGCUGAGAAAUGGAGAGUGUCCGGUGCUGGUCGCUACGGACUUGGCUGGAAGAGGUAUCGAUGUGCCCGAUGUGACGCUGGUCAUCAACUUCAGCUUCCCUACCAUGUUCGAAGCGUACAUUCACAGAAUCGGCAGGACUGGCAGAGCUGGAAAGAGGGGUUUGGCCAUCACAUUCUUGGAGAUGCACGACGAAGAAUUCUUCUACGAUUUGCGCAACGAGCUUGCCAGAAGUCCCAUCUCCACAGUUCCGCGGGAUCUGGACAGACAUCCUUCGGCUCAAAAACGAGUGACGAGGGAGAUGAAGCGCAAGAGAGACGAGGAGUAGAUGAUGUCGUCUGUCGUAUGACAGAAGCAAUCCGAUGUCUUG